AUGGUCAAAAUUGCUAUCGCAGGAGCUUCUAGCGAGCUCGCCAGAGAGAUUCUCGACAGGCUUGUCGCUACUGGAAAGCAUGAUAUUACUGCACUCGUCCGUAAGGACCCAUCGACAUUUCCUGAGCUCCCGGGAAUCUCUUGGAUUAAAACUGAUUACGACAACAAGUCGGAGCUUGUGAAUUUAUUCCGCGGCGUUGAAACCGUCCUCUCGUUCCUUGCAGUCCACUUGGAUCCGGGAAAUGAGACCCAGAAACGACUUAUUGACGCAGCCGUUGAGGCUGGCGUGAAGAGGUUCGCUCCAUCUGAGUGGGCAACAGGGGCCAAGUUGGCAGACUCUCUUGAUGUCAUGUCAUGGUACAGCGGCAAGAUCGAGAUCAGAGAAUAUCUCAAGAGCUUGAACUCUGAUAAAAAGGUUAUCGAGUAUACACUGUUCCAGCCUGGUGGCUUUAUGGAUUACCUUUGCCAUCCAUACAAGACUGCAAAGUACAUCACCACUACCGUCGUCAACGUCGACUUCGUCAAGAAACAUGCGAUUGUUGUCGAAGGUACACUCGACGACGAGAUCACCUAUACAAGUGUCAAUGACAUUGCCAACAUCGUCACACAGGCUAUUGACUUUGAAGGUGAAUGGCCAGUGGUUGGAGGUAUGAGCGGUGAUCGAAUUUCUAUUCGCCAGCUCCUGAAAAUUGGAGAAGAAGUACGAGGAGAACCUUUCACUAUUGAGUGGCUCAAGAUGGAGGAUCUCGCCGCUGGGGAACUGAAGACAGAUAACUAUCCAAGACUUCCACUGCCGUCAGUUCCUCAGGACCAGGUGGAAGCUUUCUCAAAGAUGGUGGUUAUCGGGACACUUACUGCGUUCCAUCGUGGAGCUUGGACUGUCUCGGAUGAAUGGAAUCAGGUUUUCCCUAAUUAUAAAUUUAUAAAGGUUGAUGAGCUGUUGAAGUCAGUGUGGGGGAGUGAAAAUUAA